AUGACGAUUUAUGAUGGUUUGAGCAGGAUGAAGUUUAUUGCUGCCUACCUGCUUGCUGUCCUCGGUGGGAACCUCAGCCCCUCUUCUGAGGACUUGGCAGCCAUUCUGGAGUCAGUUGGCUGUGAAGUUGACAAUGAAAAGAUGGAACUCCUUCUGUCCCAACUGAGCGGUAAGGACAUUACCGAGCUCAUUGCCGCAGGCAGGGAGAAGUUUGCUUCAGUCCCAUGUGGCGGUGGUGGUGUGGCUGUCGCGGCAGCUGCCCCUGCUGCUGGCGGAGCUGCUCCUGCAGCUGAGGCAAAGAAAGAAGAGAAGGUGGAAGAGAAGGAAGAAAGUGAUGAUGACAUGGGCUUCAGCCUCUUCGACUAA